AUGACUACAUGGAUGGCGCUGUUCGGGUUAGUGUGGCUACUGCGAGUACGCGGCUCUUUAUGUGGAUGCGCCGCGUGUAAACGUGCGCGACAUGAAGUACAAGAUACACGAGAUCCUCUAGAGCAGCCGCAGUGUAGUACCAAUCCUGUUAAUGUCUAUACUCACCGAGAGCGUCCGCCAUUUGACGUUAUUGCACUUCAAAAUUACACCCGUGACGCUACAGUGCAAACUGAUUUCGAUGACGAAGAGAAUGAAGAUCUUGACAAAAUCGAACAACAAAUAUGUGAAGAAUCAAAUAUUGGCAACUUUGAAUGUGGGCGAGAGCAGUCGACGCAAAGUUCAGAAGUUGACCGAUAUAUCGCAGGAAGCUUACAGGGUUCCAUAGAUUCAGAUGGUGAUUCCGUUUGGGAAACGGCUGAUGUGACUUUAGAACGUGGCACAAAUGGUCUAGGACUGAGUAUAGCGGGUGGAGAGAGUGGCGGUGAUAUCAGCAUUACAAGAUUAGCAGUUGGGGGAGCAGCUAAGAAUGACGGUAGACUGCAAAUAGGCGAUAUUUUGCUACAGGUUAACGAUAUUUUAUUGGAGGGUGCCCCACAUUCAGUAGCAGUCGAUGCUUUGCAGAAAGCAGGAAAUGUCGUAAAAUUAAAAGUUCGUCGAGCAAGAAGACCCAGAGUAGUUACCUUAUGGCGUGGAGCGCGGGGACUUGGUCUUGGAAUUGCAGGAGGAGCCGAUGAUGCUGCUGGUGGUGGUGGCGUAUUUAUAUCUUAUAUAGCAGUCGGUGGAGCUGCAUAUCAUGAUGGCAGACUUAGGCUUGGCGAUAAAAUAUUGGCUGUGAGGGACGAAGACGGUAUAGAAACUUCCCUAAUUGGUGCAACUCAUGCUAAAGCUGUAGCAACUUUGCGGAACACCGGGGAACAUGUAACACUAGUAGUUCUGCCAGCUGCCUCUAUACCUCUCGCUGCACAAACGGCUCUCUACUCAACUAAAACUCAAGCUACAUCGUGUUCAACUCUUCACAUGCUUACAGAAGAAGAGACAAACAAUAUUCCGAGAUGUGUUCGAAUGGUACGGCUGGUUCGUACUGGUUCACGUUUGGGGAUGGAUAUUGUUGGAGGAUUAGGAGGAAAUGCUGAAGAAUGUGUUGGAAUGGAAGAAGACACAUAUGGAGUAUUUGUAUCUGGUGUGUCUGUUGGCGGAUCAGCUUACGGAAUACUUUACAGAGGAGAUCGCAUAUUAAGUGUUGAUGGACACGAUCUUUCACGGGCAACACAUGAACAAGCUGCGGCUGCUCUUAAGCAGUAUUCAGGCAGCACAGUGACGAUCGCCGCACAAUAUCAACCCGAACAGUAUGAAAGGUUACGUGCGCGAAUAAGAGCUAUUAAUGCAGCUGCUAUGUCACCGCAUACACUUCAUACUACUCAUGUGCCUGUACAUCCUGAUCUGCAUGCCGCGUAUCCAAGGUAG